CUUCAAAAUGAGUCUCCACAAAAUCAAAAGCUCUGCAAAGCAACUCCUUGACAACCAAAUAACAAACUGAAAAAUACGACAGAAUCAACGAAAUAUUUUCUCUCUGUGCGAAAACCCAAACUUGAAACUGCAAGAUGGUAUUAUUUGCUUUUGUCUUGUUUGCUUUCCUGCAAACUUCCUUCCCCCUCCCCGCCCCUACCCCAACUAACAACCCUGCUGCUGAUUUCUUCAAAGAAGUCCCUCUGAAACCAAUGCAAGACCUGAAAGAGAAGCAUUUGAAGGAGGAUACUGGUUUCCAAGCUGCUGUCGUUUACUUCAAGUCACCGGAAUGGGCCCAAAUGAUUGAAGACGUUAGAAAAAAUCCAGCUUGGAUAGAAUACAAGAAGUUUCUCAACGACAAUGCCAUCGAUAUCGAAUUUGUAAUUAAACAUCUCGAGCACUGCCUCAAUGCCACCGAUACUAAAGACUUCAAAGUGGAAAAAAUUAAACCAAGCAUUGGCAAGUUUGUCGAAGAUGUGAGAGCCACUUAUUCGGUUUUGAUCCUGCAAGCUGCCCAAACUUACCUUGCCAAAGAAAGCAACACUGACACUUAUCGCAAUUUCGUCGCAAAAAUGCAGAGUGAGGAGUCAAGGAAGAUACUGGAGAAGGCUUUAGGCGAAGCCCCGAUGAAAAAAGUUGCUUCGAAAUUGAAGGAAAUGGAUUUCAAUCUCGAAAACCUCCUUGAGCUUUACUACUCCAUCUUUGGCUGGCGCCCAUACUACAAAUUCAGCGCUUAAUUUUUUCAUAACUAUUGUUUUAUAUUUUUUAUGUUUAAUGUUUUUGUAAGUAUUUGUUGGUUGAAUAAAGUUUUUUUGUGUU